UGUCAUUGUCAUGCAUAGAAAUGUGUCAUGUCUUCAAAGUAAGCGUUCGUCUCUAUAAAAAUAUAUAGUGCGAAGAUUCCAAAUUGUGACAAGGAAAUGGCUGCUUCAUCGAAUGGUAGUGGAAACCUAGUUGAGGAGUUCGAAGAAUCUUUUCAGGCAUGUCUGAACGUGCUGACGAAGCAGGAGGCGUCGCCGUACGUCGAGAAGGAGGAGGUGAAGGUGGAGGUGGAGCGGUUCAUUGACCUCGCUAGACAGAUGGAGGCAUUCUUCCUGCAAAAGAGGUUCCUGCUGUCGGCGAUGAAGCCGGAGCUGCUGGUGAAGGAGGACAACAACGAGCUGAAGUGCGAGCUGCAGCGCAAGGACGAGCUACUGCGCCGACACUACGACAAGAUCGGCCAGUGGCUCAACCUGCUCGCCGACUUACAGGGUCACACGGUGUACAACAAGUGUCAGCAGGGCGCGGGCGCGGCGCCGGCGCUGGCGCAGGCCGCCUCCCCCAUGCCGCAGCCCUGCCAGGUGCAGCAGAGCGUACAGGCACAGCAGAUGGCAGCAGCGGCGGCGGCGCAGCAGGCGGCGUUGCAGCAGCAGGCGAUGCAGCAGCACCAGGUACCGCGCCCGCCCCUCCCGCCCGCCUACCCCGCCCACCCCGCACACCCCCGCCGGUAGCCCCCUCAGGGCCGGAGAUGCACACCUUAGGGUCAAUUCAGACUGCAACGCGAUGCAUUUCUAAAGUGUGGA